AUAGAAAGUCAUGCCGAAGGUACAACGGAACAGCUUCUUGUAUUCUAUGAGACUAGUAGCUCGAUGUGCGGCUAGAUACUACGUUUAUCUUGCUUCUUUGACCGCUGGCAUCUGUAUCCAUUUUCAACCCUCCACUCUAUUGAAAGUGGCGCUUGUUCUACCUAGUGGUACUUCCUACGCUCGAUCUUAGAGUCUUGGUCCAAGAUAGGCCCACCAGGCUGAUAUGGAGCUAUCUCGAGUAGACAUGCUCGCGAUGAAUGAUGAAGUAUAAGAUUGAGCAUCUCUUCCACCUCAAAUCGACAUCAUCAUCAUUACCUUCUCCUUCAUCUCACAAACAAACACACUUCUCAAACAUCAAACAUCAUCCCUCUGAACAUCAACAUGCGUUCCGCAAUCAUCACUUCUGCCUUUGCAGUUUUGGCCCUUGGAAAUCCUAUCCCUCAAUCGAUUGAUUUGGGUACUAUCGAUACUUUACCACCAGCUGCAGUUUCUAAUGCUCCAGUUGAUAUUUCUUCCCAAAGUGUCAGCGUCAAGCCACCUGCUGCGGCAACCUCUGUAGGGGCCGCAAAAGUAACUGACACGGCUGUUCCGAGUGGAGUAGCGGCCAAACGUAAUACCAUAAAGCGGUCUUGCGAGCCUCAACCUGCGGGAGCUGCUCCAACUUCAACGUAAGUACUUGAUAGCAUUCAAGCGUCUGUCAAAAACUCUCACUAACAAACAGCCUUACAGUCCAGACACUGCAGAAGCUUUUUUAGCCGAUUCUCAAUACACUGCUAUUUCUGAUGUAGCUGCCACUCCCCAAGGUUAUAACCUUUCAUUCAAGAAUUUACAAGGUUCUUCCCAAACUACCUCGUACCUUGGAUAUAAGACCUUGGAUUCUUACGACACAGUUAACUGUGCUUCUUACUGUGAUCAACAAGAAGGUUGUAUUGCAUUCAAUAUCUACAUGGAGCGCGAUCCAACAGUUGAUCCGGGCGCUACCUGCGCUAACCCAGCUUCUACCACCAAUUACAAGUGCGUGAAGUGGGGUGUUCAAAUUCAAGCGGCUACAGCUACCAAUGUCGGACAAUGGAGACGUAAGUUUUUCUCUCACAAUAGGCCAAUAAAAUUAUAAAUGUACUAACACCAAAAUAGAGGAUUUCCACGUUGUUAUCGCCGGAUCAAAUGGCUACAAUAAAGAUGCUGCUCCCGCCCCAGCCGAUGGUUACACGGGCCCAGUCGCCCUCGGAGGAGCAAUCAAUGCCCCACUCGACCCAGUCACCCACACAGACACAUACAUGGGAUAUAAAUUCUUCUCCUUCGAUGAUGUUCAAACCUUCGCCAACGGCGUCGUAGCUUGCACUGCCGCCUGUACCGCGCAAACCAAAUACAACGCCGAGCAUCCCCCCUCCACCGGUAACCCAUCCGUCUGCAACCAAUUCGUCGUCUACGUUCUCAGCGACGAAAACAAACCACAAGGAAUCUACUGUUCCAUGUACACGGAAGAAUGGGCCAGCAACUACGCAACCAAUGUCGGUCAAUACCGCGGAAGUGAUUAUUGGUCUGUAAGCCAAGCAUAUACAUAUACCAAUGCUGCCUAUGCGGCCAAAUACGAACCAAUUUGUGAUGUUCCAGGAUGUCCAGGAGGAUCUUACACAGGGGGUAAUUAUGGCGGAUAUGGAUAUCCUUCGCCUGCUCAACCAGCUAAAUGUAAGUCUAAGAGGGGAGAGACGAAGAUUUUGUGAUUUUCUUUUUCCUGUUUCUUCUAUUUCUAGAUGGAUGGGUUGCUAAUUUGAUGUCUACAUUAGAAAUGAUUUUCUAAAAUAAGAUUACAUCUGAAAUUUCGGGUCCGGCUUUCGGCUUCGGGUUCGGCUUCGAAAAUCAGAAAUCAUUUAUAGUUGGUUGUUAGUCGGUUGACUAAGAAAGGGGAGAUCGCUUAAAAAUUAUUCUUCAUAAAUCAACCAUGUUUUAUCAUGAUUUGAUGGAGAUAUUGGAUUAGGUUGGAAAUUGGAUUGGGCUGGAAUUGGAUGGAAUGGGAUGGGAUUCCACGGGAUGAUAUCAUUGGAGAAGGCUUUUUUUUAAUCAGGGAUUUAAUGUAUUGGUGGUAUUUUUCUAUUUCCUUUUAAAUAAAAUGAAUAAAUACUAGAAAAGAGAAUAUCUAUUUCAUUUUCAUAGACUUUGAAUUGUUU